UGCCCCACAUCUCUUGCCUCUCUAGCACGCUGCGUCUGUCUUGCAGUUUGCCAGGAUCGGCCAGCCGUCACACUCACUCUCAGGACGACACUGGGCAGAAGCAACAACAUGGCUUUACGAAUGAACGCUUCCAUGUUCGUGGGACUUUUCCUGCUUUCUCUGGCCUGGAAAGCAGCCUGGGCCAAGGUCAAGGUGAACAUGGAGGACAGAGUGGAGGUGUUCCUGGGGGACACGGCCCAGAUCACCUGCAUGUUCACAGUCUCAGACAGCCCCGACGACGUCAUAAUCCAGUGGUACAUGAUCACGAAGACCAACGUCCGCUUGAGGAUCUACUACGGAGACAGCACCAUGCAGGUAGUCGACCAGGGCGGGCAGUUCACAGACAAGAUCAGUGUGAAUGGGAAUGGGAAGAGCAGCGAGGUGGUGCUGACUAUCAGGGACGUGACGCUGGAGGAUGAGCUAGAGUUCAUCUGCCAGGUCAACGGGCUGUCAGCGGGAAACGAGGAGGGACAUACCAUGCUCAAGGUGUUCGAAUCACCUGCUCAUCCAAUCAUUGAGGGGGUGCACUCUGGGAUCUCUGUCAGCAAUAAGAACCCAUCUAAGAUAGGGAGCUGUGAGGCUAAGAAUGGCUACCCCAGGCCCAACAUCACUUGGUACCGUAACCAGAGCCCACUGCAGAACACGCCAGGCAAGGUCAGUGUGGUGACCCUGGUCACUAAGGAGUCCAGUGGUCUGUACACUGUCCAGAGUGACCUUCACCUGAAUGUGGUCAAGGAAGACAAGGAUUCGUUGUUCUACUGCGAAGUCAGCUACCUUGUCCCUGGUGGAACCAAGAUGACUGAGACCAACAAGAUCAACAUCACUGUCCAUUAUCCAACCACUUCUCUUGAUGUGUGGGUGGAGUCACCAAAGGGGCGUGUCAAAGAAGGGGACACAGUUGAGGUUCAUUGCCGUGCCGAUGGGAAUCCUCAACCACCCUUUACAUUCAUGCACAAUAUGGAGGAAAUGAAAUCUGAGCUGAACGUAUUGGUCCUGAAAGACGUGACGCGGCUAAGCAACGGCAACAUCACGUGUACAGCACUGGACCUGGACACAUAUGAAGAAACCCAAGGGAACACAGAGCUCUUCGUCGACUAUCUGGACCUGGCUAUUUUGAUUCCAAAAGACACCCAUGUCAUGGCCCAGGGAGAGGAGCUGAUGGCCACCUGCAACGCCCUGUCCUCCCUGCCCACACACACUGAAUGGUUCAAGAAAGGAGAAAAAGUUGCAGAGGGCCACACACUGAUCCUGAAGGAUGCUGUGUUUGACAUGAUGGGGACGUACGUGUGUGUGGUGAAGGUGCCUUCACUGGAAGGACUGGAGACCAGUGGCUCUUUACAUGUCCUCGUACAGGGACCCCCAGAGAUCAAGGAGUCAGCAGACACAGUCCUGGAGGAGAGCACAGAGAAGUCCCUAAACCUGAGCUGCCACGCUAGAGGAUACCCAACCCCUGUCAUCACCUGGAGCUCCUCUGACGAAUCACAGAUCCUGAAGGAGGUGUCCCACAGACAGACAGAAGACGGGGUUCUCAGUGUGGUGAGAGUCAAGGUGACCUCUGACAUCACAGCCUACUGCAACGCCUCUAAUGACCAUGGCACAGACUCCAUCUCCUUCAGCAUCAAAGCCAUUGUCCAAACGACCUUGUCAGCUCCCAGUACUACAGUAACAACUCCAUUAGCUCCAGUAACAGUGGUAGCACCAGUAACAACAGUAAACCCAGUAACUCCUCCGAAGAGAGUCAAGAAAGAGGGUAGCGGUGUGAUCAUCGCUGUCAUCAUCAUCUGUAUUCUCCUGCUGGCUAUCCUUGGCAGUGUGAUGUACUUCCUGUACAAGAAGGGAAAGAUCCCAUGUGGGCGUUCGGGCAAGCAGGAUCUUACCAAACCGAAUAAGGACAGCAUAGUGGUGGAGAUGAAGAAUGACAACACAGAGGAGGCUGUGCUUUUAGGUGUCAACGGAGACAAGAAGUCCCCUAGUGACCAGUAAAGGGAGAUAAGUACAUGGACGUGCAGAAGUGAGCGUGGCUGUGUGAGGGGGCGACUGCUGCAGCUGCUCCCAGUCCAGUUCACUCUCUCAGGGUGGGAUGGAUCCUUUGAUGCCUUGUAGCCUACAACUCCCAGGACAACUCAUCUGAUGUGCUGUAGUUCUCUAACCUGAUCCCAGAUUCAUAGUUCUUUAGCAUGGCAGUGGCUAACAAACGAGGUGGCUACGUUAUCUUAAGUCAUGUUCAGUCAUGCCAUUUCAUACUUUGUCAUGUUUUGUCAUUUGCAUAACAAAGAACAUGACAGAGAAGCUGGGCUAAGCACAUACAGAUCUGGGAUCAGCAAUUUUCAUGAAUAGGGUUCUUCUAUGCACUCCAGUUAGAGCACAAAAUAA